CCGGAUUGGUGGUUUCGCCGUUACGGGAUUUGCCGAGUUCAAAAACCUAACCCCACAUUUGCCAAGCCAAGAUGACCAACUUAUUGAAGCAAUUGCAGGCGAUGUACGAGCUUGCCCUGCACUCGAACAUCUCCCGAGUGUGCGACUUGGCCCUGUCGGCGUCCGAGCAAAAGCCCGACUUUUUGCCCCCUUUGCAGAAGUUCCAGGUGAUGUUGCUGUACGCCGAUUCGCUGUACGAGACGCAACAGUUCGCCCAAAGCGAGAGUUUGUACCGCCAGGCCUUACAGCUCCGCAAACACCUCUUAAAAACCAAGUCAAUGUCUAAUAAAAUCACGGAGAGUCAGCCCGAACUGGCCAGCGAUGUGGAGAUCAGGUUCAAGAUACACAAGUGCUGCAUGGCCCUGAAGCAGGUGAAUGGGGCCAUCGAGAUGCUGCAGUCGAUUCAGGCCCGCCUGCGGACCCCCAAAGUCAACAUGGCGCUCGGCAACUUGUACAGGGAGGCCGGGAUGGAGCGCUCGGCCAUAACGUGCUACAAGGAGGUGCUCCGGGAGUGCCCGCUGGCCCUCGAAGCCGUGGAGAACUUGCUCAAGCUGGGGGUGAAAGGGGUCGAAGUCAACGCACUAAUGGUGGAGGCAACUUCCGAACUAAACUGGCUAAACCUCUGGCUCAAAGCACAAGCCCAGUUGUACUCGCGCGACUUCGAAAACGCCGCCCAAACGUACAAAAGCAUGGACAGCCACGGUCUACUCAAAGACAACACGUCGCUGCUGGUCAACCUGGGCUACUGCUACCACUACAUGUGUGAGGACGAGACGGCGAUUGCAGUCCUCCAGCGGGCGAUUAAACUCGACCAGAACCUAGUCUUUGGUCGCGAUUUACUGGCCACGCUUUUGGCGAGCUCGGGGACUUCCGAACACGUUGAGUAUUUGGAGGAUUUGAUCCCGACCUCGGAUAUGUCGCUGUGGACGAGUGAGCAUUGGGUGGUCAUUGGCAAUCUGAUGUUUUCGACGAGACGGCACGAAAAAGCCGUUUAUUUCGCACAGCAGGCGCUUUGUGCCUCGCCCAAAAACAUAGAGGCGUUGCUGCUGAAAGCCAAGACGCUGGUGGAGCUCAGCAAGUACCAGGAUGCCGCCCAGCAUUGCACGGAAGCGAUCCAGAUCUGUCCGUUUCGAUACGACUUGCACCAGUGUUUGGUCGAGUGCUAUGUGAAGAUGAAUCGGCUGAGGGAGGCCGACUCCAUGGCGCAAAAUGCGUGCAAACAGCUCAAUUUCAGCCCACAUUCGGUUACGUUGCACGCCUCCGUUUUACUCAAAGACCCGAUGACGUCCGGGAAAACGGUGCGAAACCUCCUCGAGAAGGCCGUGAGCCAAGACAAGACGUUUUCCACUAAGGCCGUCUGUAUGCUCGUGGAGUUGCUCGAGCAGGAGCAGCAGUACGACCAAGCUCGGCAGCUCCUGCUGAAGCACGUGGAACAGCACCCCACCUCGCGCAUCCACCAGAUGCUGGGCGACUGCUACGUCAAUUUGAACAAGGACAGCGAGGCUUUCCACCACUACAACGUGGCCCUGCGGCUCGACCCGUCCAACCAGAGGGCGACCGAGGGCCUGAGUUGCAUCGGACGCAACGUGUCUUUAAGCAAAAGGGAGAGCUACUACACCUGCGUGGGGGAGACGUCGUACACGUCGCCAGGGACGAGCGCCUCCGAGGACGAUGUUUUUGUCCAGAACGAUACCGAACCCUGGCCUACCAAUAUGAGUUUCUAGGUGAUAACAAUUUUUUUUACAAUAAAAAUAUUUAAAGUCA